AUGGAGGACCGGGGGGUCGAUGCCGGGCUGGGGGUUUCGGCAGUGACGUCGUCGUCUGAACGAUGCGACGGGGGCGGAGGGGGCGACGGAGGGGAGCCUGGGAAAGUCACCUCGGCCAAGUUCAACAGCUUCAUCAUCAUCAUCAUCCUCAUCUUCACCACCACAUUCAUCCUCAUCCUCAGACUGUCAGUGAGUGUGGUCAGAGCCUCAGAGCUGGCCUUUCUCAAAGAACCCAGUGAUGUCAUCGCGGUGAGGGACCGCCCGCUGAUGCUGGACUGUCAGGUGGAGGGGGAGGGUCCGAUCUCCGUCACCUGGAGACGGAACGGCGUUCCCGUGGUGACCGGCGUCAAGGCGACGGUGCUCAGUAACGGUACUCUGCUGAUCAGAAACUUCUCCAAGAGACGAGAGAGUAACGAGACGGACGCGGGAGAAUACGACUGCGCCGCCCAGAACCGCUACGGGAUGCUGAUCAGCCGCAAGGCCCGGGUCCUGCUCGCAUCCCUCCCCAAGUUCCUGUCUCACCCAGAGUCCGUGGCAGUGGGUGAAGGGGGUGUGGCCAGACUCACCUGUCAGGUAAAUGGAAUCCCAGAAGCCACCAUCACCUGGCAGAGAGAUGGACGCUCACUGAGCACAGGGGACCCCAGGUACACGCUGCUGCCUCACGGAGUGCUGCAGAUCACCGGCGUUCAGCGAACAGACAGCGGUUUGUUUCGCUGUGUCGCCUCAAACAUCGCUAACACUCGAUACAGCCACGAGGCCCAGCUGUCUGUCACCGGGUCCAGGAUCUACCGGGAACCCGUCAUCCUGUCUGGUCCUCAGAACCUCACCAUCAAUGUCCACCAGACCGCCAUUUUGGAGUGCAUUGCCACAGGAAACCCCCGCCCUAUCGUGUCCUGGAGUCGCCUCGACGGCCGGUCCAUCGGCGUGGAGGGGAUCCAGGUGUUGGGAACAGGUAACCUGAUGAUCUCUGACGCCACUCUGCAGCAUACAGGAGUUUACGUGUGUUCAGCCAACAGACCAGGAAGCAGAUCCAGAAGAACGGCGCUCGGACGACUCGUAGUACAAGCUCCUCCAGAGUUUGUUCAGUGGCCACAGUCUGUCUCCAGACCAGCAGGGGGCAGCGCUGUCUUCAGCUGUACGGCGUCCGGCGUCCCUGAACCUCACCUCAUCUGGCUGAAGAACGGCAAGCUGUUGACACCCAGCGGCAACGUCAAACUCACCAACGGAAACACGACUCUCGCCAUCACCCGUAUCACCCCAGAGGACGAGGCCAUCUAUCAGUGCAUUGCAGAGAACAGCGCCGGCACCAACCAGGCCAGCGCCCGCCUCGCCAUCAGCCAGGGGGCCGAGCUGCCCGAGGCCCCGUCCGGACUCCGGGCCACUGCCCUCGGCUCCGGCAGCCUUCGGCUGACCUGGGAACAGCCGACAGAGCACGUCACCCAGCAGAUUAUAGGAUACGUGCUGCACAUCCGACGGCUGGGGGAACCGGACAGUGCAGAGCUGCAGGAAGCCGUCAGUAAGACGACCUUCACACAUGAGUUCAACAACCUGGAAGCUGCCACCACCUACUCCAUCUACCUGAAGGCUUAUUCUGCUCUGGGAGGCAGCCAGCAGUCCAACACCAUCACCGCCACAACGCAGGGGGGCGUUCCCAGUUCUCCCACUUUCUUCACUAAGGUCCUGAACCAGACAGCCAUGCAGGUAUACUGGGAGCUACCCAGUAAGCCUGGGAAGUUGGAGGGCUUCAGACUGGAGUACCGCGGGGUUUCCAACCCAGAAGUACAAGGGCAGGAGACUUUCCCAGGACAGAUCAACACCCACACGAUCUCUGACCUAGAGCCAGCAGCAGUUUAUGAGAUCCAGCUGGUGGCGUUUAAUGGCAAUGGAGAUGGUCCAUCCAGCCGCCGCCUGGUGUCUCUGGCAGAGGGAGGAAACACUGCAGAAGCUGGUCCGAGCUGCAACUGUGAUCAGUCUGAUGGUUCGGUGUCGGCUCUGCUGGUUGGUGUUCACAGCGGCCUCGCCUGCAUCCUGUGCUGCCUGCUCUUCGUCCUGCUGGGAUACAGACGCAGGUGA